UUUCAAAUGUUUUUAAUCAACAGCUGGUUACUACUCAUUGGUUCUGUGUCAGCCUUCUAUAAAUGACUUUACUCUCACAACCUUUUUCAGAACCUUCAACCCUACUCGCACUCCAUCAAGCUCCUGGUUGUUUCUCCAUUACCCAGAGAAAAAAAAGAAGCCGCAGUUUUAGAGAAAAAAACAUAAAUGGAAGGCAAAGAAGAGGAUGUUAAGUUGGGAGCCAACAAGUACUCAGAGAGGCAACCUAUAGGGACAUCAGCACAGACAGACAAGGACUACAAGGAGCCACCACCAGCUCCACUGUUUGAGUCUGGUGAGCUCCGGUCAUGGUCUUUUUGGAGAGCUGGGAUUGCUGAGUUUGUAGCAACUUUCUUGUUCCUUUACAUCACAGUCUUGACUGUCAUGGGUGUUAAGAGGGCACCUUCUAAGUGUGCCAGCGUUGGUAUCCAAGGCAUUGCAUGGGCCUUUGGUGGCAUGAUCUUUGCCCUUGUUUACUGCACUGCUGGUAUCUCAGGGGGACACAUCAACCCAGCUGUGACGUUUGGUCUCUUCUUGGGGAGGAAGCUCUCUUUGAGCAGAGCCAUUUUCUACAUUGUAAUGCAAUGCCUUGGCGCAAUAUGUGGUGCUGGGGUUGUGAAAGGAUUCCAGCCAUCAAGGUAUGAGGUGUUGGGUGGUGGAGCCAACGUCGUGAACCAUGGUUAUACCAAGGGGGAUGGCCUCGGAGCUGAGAUUGUUGGUACAUUUGUGCUUGUUUACACUGUUUUCUCAGCAACUGAUGCCAAGAGAAAUGCCAGAGACUCUCAUGUCCCUAUAUUGGCACCACUGCCUAUUGGCUUUGCGGUGUUCUUGGUUCACUUGGCAACCAUCCCCAUCACAGGAACAGGCAUUAAUCCUGCCAGGAGCCUUGGAGCAGCCAUCAUCUAUAAUAGGGACCAUGCUUGGGAUGACCAUUGGAUCUUCUGGGUUGGACCCUUCAUUGGGGCUGCACUCGCUGCAUUAUACCACCAAAUUGUCAUCCGAGCGAUCCCAUUCAAGGCCAGAGCUUGAAACAAUGGUUUUUACUCAUUAUCCAGUACUAUGUGUUUAAAUUUUAAUGGUAUGUAUUUUGACCUUAUUGUGGUAUUUAGAUUGAAGUUGGGGAAAGGAUCGUCAUGUGUAUAAAGUUGCUUGGCUUGCUACUAUAAGCAACUUUUCUCUUUCUUUAUCACUUCAACCUGCUUUCUGUUAACCUCCCUCUGGCCAAACCUUUGCAUCCGUACAUGAACCUAUUUUACUGGUGAAGUUAUUGGUCCCUUCCAUCAUGGGAAUUUAUUCA